AUGGCAGAGCACGAGAGAGAGAGAGAAGAAUGGGCUCAAGGAAGCAGUCGUCGGGUAUUCAUUCGUACGGAGCAGAGAAAGGCAGCCGAGCCUAGUCGUGCCAGUCUUAACCUCCAAGUCAGCUUCCAUUCGAUCUGGCCAGCCCACCUCACCUGCUACCCCAUGGUGCACCUCAGGUUUGUCUACAUCGCCAUCUGCAUCUGUAUUCUGGGCUACCUAGGUAGAGAAAGGCAGGUACUUUGCCUCAUGCAAUUUCUUUCAAGUCACUUGGACUCAGUCACUCAACCUGAUGGAAGGAAGGAACUGAGGUGCACUCUUUCCAACUCACCUCAACUAACCCGACCUUGGAACAUCUCGGAAAGGAAGCCGCACCCGCAUUUGUACCAGCCACUGCAUAUUGAGGUAGUUACUGUUCCAGCGCUUCGCGGAGCGCUUGACCCGGCACCGAAGGGUCCAGGGGGGCCACUGGGGGGUGGUGACCUUUCACCUCCACACGCGCACGCACCAGAUUCUGCAAAAGGUGGGAAGGUGCGAGGUGUGAACUGGGAUGGAGCGAUGGGCCACGGGCAGUUUGCUGCGCCGUGGCGGGGACACCUUCCCUAUCCAAGACCUCAAGGUACUCCGUGCCGUCAUUUUGGCAGGGAAGUGACUUUGCCCGACGGUGAGCUUCCAUGGCACGCAUGGAGGACGGGAGACCUUUCUCGGGUUGGCAGUCUACCACCAACCGUCAGCCUAGGUAUCACCACCACACAGAGCAUCCGUACCUUGACCUGUUACCUUGGCCAGCCAGUUCUUAAUUAUGGGGUCAUUGCUGAAGCGUCCCAGACUCCCAGCCAUCACUGCGACAGUGUCCACACCUUCAGCUCCAAGUCAAAAGGCAAGGACAACUUCUCGCAUUACGAUCUGGCAUGGCCUCACUUAGACCCGAAGAAUCAACAGAUGCGCCCGAUAUUCAAAGACAUCCAGGCUCGCGCGGCCCGGCCGAUGAUCUUCAACGAGCCAAUAUGCUCACCGACCGAGGAAUGCUCGGAAACCAAACAGCAGCUGAGACCCAAGUCAAUGACCUCUGUCGCCGCAAAACUACACUUCACGAGAUUCCAUCCCCUUCCAUACAGCCAGCCGUUUUGCGCGUAUUGCCUAACCCUGCCUCUUCACUGCCUGACUGAUGGAAGCGAGGAACGAUAUCAAAACACCCGCAUCCAUGGAGCAAAUCAUGACGAGAAGGACAAUGGGGAAGCAACUCUGGCGAUGCAACACCAACCGGGCCUGGCAGAGAAAGACAUGUCAUGCGCACCACGUGGACCCUGUCCUGUCCCUGUCACCGUCUCCUUCACUUUUCGCUGUACGGAUACGCUGUGCCUCCUCGUCUCAUGGUCAGGUCUCGUCCCGCCCGCCCGCUCCCUGCUCUUCCGCCCACCGAUCUCCAACAAGUUAACAACUGACCACCAAACCCUUUACUGCACCUCCAAUGCAUCCAAGCGGGGGCUGUCAACCCCCACAGCCCUGGGCCAAUGGCUCGAGAGAACAAUGAACAAUAUGAUUCAUUGGAGACCUACAGACUCGAGAUCAGAGCACUAUCUCGUUACGCAAUACCUCAACAACCCAUUGGUCUAUCCUCAAGGAUGUGCAAGAUUGGACUUGAGCCUGAAGCUGUCUCUCGACAGAGUCGAUACCUCUCCUACUCACUCACGAUAUCCCAUCCGCUGCGCGCUGCCUUCUGACUUCACCGGAAAAUACCGCCAGCCUCACCGCAACUCCCUUUCCGAUAGGUCUCCGCUCAUCCCCCCACACUAG